CAUUUCAAGUAUUUCAAACAAAAGGCAUUGUAUGGAUGGGCUGUCAUCCAUCAAAAGCCGACUUUCCUCAGGAUGCUCAUUCGGUGCUCUUUCGACCACCAGCACCAAUUCCAGUGGAUGUUGGAUCGGCAAUAAGACAUCAUUUACAGAAAAAUCCAAUUGCGAUUGUCUUCAUUUUUGGCGGGCCAGCAUCUCAAAAGGGAUCAAUCAUAGAAGAAUUGACGAGUUCAUUCAAUUUCACUUCGAUUUCUGUCGAGGAUAUCGUUUUUCAAUACUUUCCAUCAAGGUUGAGCGGUUCGGGAACUCAAAUCAAAGAUAUUCAGGAUGCAUUGAGGAACGACGAAGGAAUGUUGUCAAUCGAUUGGGUUCUGGAAAUGAUAUCAAGUCGAAUUAAAAUGACAAUGAAUCAGAGAUUUGUAGUUGACAUUGUUCCGGCAGUAUCAUCUAUUUUAAAAGCGGAAGAAUAUCGAGCAAGAUCACAUGAUCGCCAAUUGAAUCAAUUUGAAAUGAAGCACCCGAUUUCAUUUGCUAUCGAUGUUACGGUGAAGGAUGAACAGGCUUUAACAAAAUUAAAUGGAGAAGCUAAUGGAAAAGACGAAGACAGCAAAAGAAUAAAUCCGGAAUUGAAUCAAAUGAUGAGAGGAGCCGAUGAUAUUGAUAGGGGUAAAUUAGAAAAAAGAAUAGCUGAAUAUCAUACAUGUGCCGAACCAUUUCUUCAAUAUUUUCGUAAAUCUAGUCGAGUUGUAUCAAUGUCAUUAACAGCAGAAGCCGUUCCAAAUCUUGUAAACACCACGAGAGAGACGUUAUUAAAACUUGGAUUUACAAUGACAAGGAAAGAUGAUCACAUUAUUUGUUUCACUACUGAAACAGCACACGAUGACAUUGAUCUAACAUAUUACAAGUUGAAGUUAGUGAAUGCUGGAGAAUUGGGUAGAGCAAGUGACAAUUUGACUGCUCAGAUCUCAGCUGUAUACCGGUAUAUUGCAAGCCAUAACCGCCAUGAUGAUAACUUUUUGGUAGUGGUUCCAAGUUUCAAGAAUCAAGAUGCGGAGAAGUUCAAACGGAUUAAUUUUAUGGAAAAGAAGAAAGAGGUUUAUCUGGAUGAAUUUAUCAAAAAUAAGCAACACGACAAACCUCCGAAAAUGAGAACUCGAAUUGCAGUCAAUUGUAUUUCAUCGUCUCGUCAAUUAUUUCUAUUCUUUGAACCAUUUCCAACAAGUUUUGCUCAAAAUAUAUCUCUUCUAUAUCUUAAACAAAAAGAACAAAGCCAACCACGAGACAGUUGACGGGGUGGCGUCGAGUCGGAAACAUUAAACAAGCGGCGAAGCGAAUCUUCCGAACGAAUUUCAAGACAUACUGAAGAGCCACCAAUGGAAAGAGAAGCUCGUUCAGUUUCGGCUCAACCUCGUCAAAUGGGAUUCCGUGCCAAAAAUCGUAUCGGAUUGUCGCCGAAUACGCUUUUUCCGUAUUGAAAUCGGCUCGACGCCUCUUAUCAUUUUGCUCCUUUUUUGAAGUGCCUUUUGAUUAUCACUUGUGUAGACAUAAAUAUCUACAAAUUGUUCCUGAUCAGCCACACAUACACUUUCUGUUCCGUUUAUUCAAACACGGUUAAAAGAAAAAAAAAUCAUUUCAAUCAAUAAAAC